GGCAAUGGCUUUAUUAACCGUGAAACCGUAAAGUUGACAGAAAAGUUUAUUGUUGAUUGUGUGGAAAAAAGAAUUAACUAUUAAUAAAACAGAAACUCUUAAACAUUGAAAUUCUGUUUCAUAAAUUUUUGGAAAUAUGGUAUUGGAAAGUACAAUUAUAUGUGUGGAUAACAGUGAUUUUAUGCGCAAUGGAGACUUUCUUCCCACUCGUUUACAAGCACAACAAGAUGCCGUAAGCUUGAUUUGCCAUUCAAAGAUUAGAUCAAAUCCAGAAAAUAAUGUUGGUUUGCUUACGUUAGCCAAGCCUGAAGUUCUUGCUACAUUAACUACAGAUGUGGGAAAAAUUUUAUCUAAAUUACAUCAAGUUCAGCCCAAGGGUUAUAUAAACCUAUGUACUGGUAUACGAAUCGCACAUCUAGCUUUAAAGCAUCGCCAAGGUAAACAUCACAAAGUGCGUAUAGUUAUUUUCGUAGGAAGUCCAAUAGAUGAUGAUGAUAAGGAGAUCAUAAAAUUAGCUAAGAAGUUCAAGAAAGAAAAAGUUUGUGUAGACAUUGUUAAUUUUGGGGAAGAUGCUGUCAAUACAGAUAAACUAACAUUGUUUAUUAAUACUCUAAAUGGAAAAGAUGGUACUGGAUCCCAUCUUGUUACUGUACCACCUGGACCUCAUCUCUCUGAUGCAUUGGUCAGUUCUCCUGUAGUUCAAGGUGAAGAUGGUAGUGGAGCAGUUGGAAUUGGAGGUAUGGGAUAUGAAUUUGGUGUGGAUCCCAAUGAAGACCCAGAAUUAGCUCUUGCGUUAAGAGUUUCUAUGGAAGAACAAAGGCAAAGACAAGAGGAAGAAGCUAGAAGGACUGUUUCUGCUACUAGCAAUGAGUCUGCUGGGCAAAACCCUCCUGAUGACAGUAAUGAAGAAGCUUUGCUUGAGCAAGCUGUUGCUAUGUCUUUAGCCAAUACUGAAGCACCUCCAUCUUCUGGACCAGUUAUUCCUGAUUUUGCUGCAAUGACUGAAGAAGAACAGAUUGCUUAUGCAAUGCAGAUGUCUUUACAGCAUGCACGUGAUGGUUCUGAAGGAGAAGAUGAGUCUAAUGUUCCUAUGGAAACAGAUGAUAAAGAUCAAACAAAGGAUGAAGAAGAAGAUCUUCAAGAAGUCAUGGAUGAUCCUGAGUUCUUGCAAAGUGUGCUUAGAAAUUUACCUGGUGUGGACCCUCAAAGCGAAGUAGUACGAAAUGCUGUUGGAAAUCUAGAUAAUCCUAAAGAUAAAAAAGCUUCCCCUAAAAAAGAUGAUAAAAGCAAAAAAUGAGAUUCUGAAAUUGUUAAGCAUUUGAAAGUUAUUUUCCUUCUAACAUUGUAGUGUUUGAUAACAAGUUUAUCAAAAACGACUUUUAUUUUUAUUGCUAUUAAAAGGACUCUGUUUUCAA